AUGGAUGGUCCUGGUUCGGAGUUACUACAAUUCUGUUCUCGCGGAAUGUUUAUUGACAUUCAUGAUGACUUGUAUAUUGCAGACACAUGUAAUCAUCGUGUCAUGAAAUAUCCUCUCUAUGGAUGGCCGUCCAUAGUAGCAGGUACAACUGGUAUAAAUGGAUCUAGUUCCACUCUGUUGAAUCGACCAUCUAAAGUGUCAGUUGAUUACAACCAAAAUAUCUAUGUCGGUGAUGCAGGGAACUAUCGUGUUCAACGUUUUCCUCGCGGUUCAAAGGAGGGAACCACAGUAGCCGGAACUGGCGUACCGGGCUUUGCUUCCAAUACGAUGUUUUGGAUGAAUGGAAUGUAUCUAGAUGCUAAGCAAAAUCUCCUCUAUUUGGCAGACGGCAACAACCAGCGGGUAGUUGUGUGGCGCUCCACAGGCGGGUUUAAUAACAGUUUAUAUGUCAUCACAGUACGAGGGUCUCCUGAAGACGUGAAUGUAGAUGAAGAAGGCAAUGUUUUUGUACUGGAUUUUUUCGAUACCCUAUUUAAAUAUCCACCUGGAUCCAAUGUCAGUACAGAUAUUUCGUCAGACUUUCAGAUUCCUCGAGCUAUGAAACUGGAUGGACGAGGCAACUUUCUAGUAGCUCAGCAAAUGAACGGCGUGAUAAAAAUGUUCUCUCUGGCGGAUGCGAAUGCCACAGGCGAUAUCAUUCUGUCUCAUUUGGACGAUCCUGUUGAUAUAGCUUUUGAUUCGAGCUAUAAUUUAUAUGUACUUGAGAGUGGACGGAAUUGGGUGAAAAGAUUUGAUAAACUAUAG